CCGACUCCCAGCUUGCGUUAGGAGGGCUCUUGUCGAGCACGAUUAGUUUCCCAUCUAAACCUCUGCCGGCUACGAUUUAUUUGCUAGAGGCUUGUCAAGCUUUGUCAAGUUGCCUUUGCGUCUGUCAUUCAAUAUUCGGUUCUCGCUGAACUCUUUUUCCGUCACGCAUACCUUGGUGGGAUACUCCUGCAUGACCCGUAUCUUGAGCUUUCCGUCAUAGGGUGCUCUAGCACUUCGCAUUGACAUCUCUGUCCGGUGCCCGAAUCCCAUAGUCAGAUCCCCGCUCCAACAACGGCCGAAAAGCCUCUCGAAAAGUCCUCGUCUCUAGUCCUAAUCCUAUCUCUCUUCGUGUUACCUACUAAUACAUCUCGUUUCUAUCUCGUUUCGUUCGCAAUUCCCUGCCGAAUUCAUACCCAGCCUUACAGACAUUACCCUACAGACACAAAAUGUCUUACACAAUCUCAGUCAGAACCGUCGACGCUACCUCCUUCAACCCCGGUUUCACGCUUGUCGAGAAAACCGUGUGGCACUAUGCCAAUGGCGGGACGUGGACCAACACAGGAUCAAUCCAGACCCUCGCCAUGGGAGGCAGUGGUACGUCUGGUACGCUCCGCUUCAGAAGUGAUUUCGGGGAGGAGUUCCUCGUGGCAAUGGGCGUCCACAACUGUCCACAACUACAAGAGGUGGUGCGACGUCGUCCCUGACCUCGCGCCUGGAGACACGUGCAUGAAGAUCCAUCCCAAGUACUACCGUAAUGGAUGGUAACCCUAGGAACGAGAUGCUGUGGAAGCAACUAGCUGAGAUCCAAAAGAAGAGCAAAAAGGGAACUAAUGUGGGGGUUAAGUACGUCGAGGAGUUUGACGAUGGAAAGUUCUUCAUGGUUCACAUCACCAUUUCUUGAGCUCGUGUAUACACUCUCGUACCAAAGCAGUUGUCGAAAGAUGCAGAACGAAUGUACUACUAGUAUGUCAAAAUGAAG